AUGCCCAUGAAGGACAUACCCGUCAACUCGCUGACUCACCUGUACUUUUCCUUUGCAUUCAUCACCCCCAACGAGUACAACAUUGUCGGGAUGGACGGUCUGCCCUCGGAGCUCUUCAGCAACUUCACCGACCUGAAGAAGGAUAAUCCGAGUCUGAAAAUGACCAUUGCCAUCGGAGGAUGGACACACAACGACCCAGGCCCUCUUCAGAAGGUGUUUAGCGACAUGGUCAGCACGAAGCAGAACCGAUCGACGUUCAUUGAGAACUUAAUGGCCUUCCUUCGUCAAUAUGCGUUUGAUGGUGUUGACUUUGACUGGGAAUGCCCCGGUGCUGACGACAGAGGUGGCGUGCCCGAAGAUGGCGUCAACUUUACCCAAUUCCUGAAAGAGCUCGAAGAAGAAAACAAGAAGCAGCCGAAAAGGUACAUUGUAUCUUAUACUGCGCCAACGAGCUUCUGGUAUCUGCGCCACUUUGAUCUGAAGUCGAUCGACUAUGUCGACUUUGCCAUUGUCAUGUCCUAUGAGUAA